UUCAACAGCUCCAUUGAUCUUGAAACACCAUUGAUACAAUUAUGAAGGUGUUCUUCGAGAUUCAGAGUGGCUCAUCGUUCGAGAUUGAAAUGUAUUACAAGGAUACAGUGUUAGAGAUGAAAGAGAAGAUCGAGAAGUCUCAACGUGUCUCUGUUUCAAAACAAACCCUUAUCUUCGAGGGCACUCUUCUUCAAGACGAUCUUGAUAUCGAACAGUACAAGAUCGUCCACGAAUCUCGUCUUCAACUCAUCGUCUCUCCUGAUCAUAACCCUAAUCAAACCGAGCAAUCUCCUCCACCGUCAAACUCAACAGAACAGAUCAUCGACGGUCAUCAAGAGUCGACUCUGACGGUUCAAACAGAGCAAUCUCCAUCGUCAAACUCAGUCGAAGAGAUGAUCACUAACAUUCAAGAUUCGUCUGAGAAGGAGAGGAUUCCGAAGAUUGUCGUAUACGUUUCACCGUAUUCCGGUGAGAGUCAAGCUGUCAAGGAGGUUCCGGUGGCUGUGAAUGUGAAGAUGAACGAUAACGUAAAAGAACUGAGGAACGAGUUGGUGAAGAUUGAAGAGAAUGGUGAGUUAAAUCUGCCUCAAGAAGGGUAUUUUCUUAUACACAAAAACAGAGUAUUAAACGAGAAUCAGUCAUUCUGGGUGGUUGGUGUUGAUCACAACGAUACAAUUGAGAUCCUUCCUACACAUCUUACUCGUGGCUCUUUUAACCUUGAUUCUUAAGUCACAAUUCUUUCAGUAGCAAAAAAUUGUAAAUCUCCAUACAUUGAACAAAAGCUAUGAUUACAUUGUAUAUAUCCUAUUGAAGGUUCAACUAUCUGCAGUCUCCUCUUUCCUCUUGCUUUGUUCAAAGUUUGGGUUUGUUUUUGUUCCUCUU